AUGGAGCAGGAUACACCUUACUUUAGUCCAAGUAGUUCAUAUCUGGCCGAUCAAGAACACUACGAGCUGCAGCAGCGCGUGGAAGCAGCCGCCAAUCAUGUUUUGAUGAACUACGAUCGCAUAAUGAAUUUACCCGAUGUGCGUGUAGAUAUUGAGCCUGCUGAAGGUGUUUCUCGUGAACAAGGCCAGUCCUCGCAAAGCACCUCUGCAGAAGGUAGCGAGCAGGGAGCACGUUCCUCUCAGUCUAUGCGUGAAGCAGCCGAUAGGUUACGUGGCGAGUAUGCUCGAUUGCAGCAAACAAUUAACCAGAAUCAAGAUGCUCAGACAUUGUGUACGAUGGUCACGGCUAUCGUCCCUUUCGUCCUGAUUUUUGUGCUGAAAAUGGUAUUUGAUAAUUUUCUGUCCAUUUUCCGAGUUGUCACUGCAGUGGGAAGUUUUAUAACUAUUGACUCAAGAGUCCAGCAACUGUUUUCAGCAGCACGACCAUCCAAAAGUCUGCGUAUAACUUCCGUGCUAAUCUUUGUUGUCUUAUUCUACUUCACUUCGGGUCUAUACAUCUAUGAUGAUGGCUUUGAAUUGACUAAUGCACUGCUUCUCCAAUAUGCGGGUGUUGUUUAUCAUGGUUUCUCUUUUACUAUUUUUGUUCUCAUAAUCACCGACACUUUUGUGAAGAUGCUGGUUGCGGGCUCAAAAAUGAUCGUGAGUUUUUGAUG